UUCUCCAACGUUAACUUCUAUUAAUAAUUGAAAUUAUUGAUGAAUUCCUUCCUCCAUGAAAUUAAAUUUUUUUAUUUGCAAAUUUUGAUGCACAUCCGUGAAAGGAAGACAGUAUGGACUAAUAACGUAGCAAAAACGCGAACAAUCCUCGUUUUUCUUUCAUUUCCAUGAAUGUUGGAAGUAGUUACGAGUAAUUACAAACGAAUAAUCGUAAUUGCCAAAAUUAGACAUAAAGUUGAGAUCGGCAUUGAACUACAUAUUCACGAAUAAUUGAUAUCAUAAUGAGCAUUCUGACUGAGCAAGGUGACAUGCGCUGUGAAAAACGUUCUGAUAGUUUUUGAACGUCAGAACAGGUGGUUCAAUUACGAGAAAAAAGACCCCUAUGGAUAUCCAACGAGGUAAUUUUACAUAUUAAUAUAGAAAUAUUCGGAAAAAAUUGCAGUGCUUGCAGAAAUUAUUAUUUUGCCACCUAAAAAAUAAAUGAGUAAGUGAGAAAAAAAGGGAAUUAUAUUUUUAAGUAAUAUAUCAUGGAGAGAAAAAGAAAAAUUAUAGGUAUAUUUAAUCUUACGAUUCUGAAACAUUUUUUAAGUACACAUUUAUGAUAGAUAGAGACAUAGAUUUAAACUAUGUGUACGGUUGGAACUACAAUAUGCUGAAGUUUAUUGGUAUUUGGCCGGAAGAGAGGAAAUGGAAUCGAUCUUCCAGUUACUUCAUUCUGUUACCGUGUAUCGUGAUGGUGUGCUUCAUUUGUGCUCCACAAACUAUUAAUCUUCCGAUAAUCGCGGGUGACUCUGAUCUGGUGAUCGAGAAUCUAUCGACUAACAUUACUAUCACGAUUUCUCUUAUGAAGACUAUGGCUGUUUGGAUCAAAGGCAAACCAUUAAAGUCUUUGCUGAAAUGCAUGGCCAAUGACUGGGAUACAGUGACAAACAACGCAGAUCGAGAAAAAAUGGUGACCAUCGCGAGGAUCACUAAAAAGAUUACGAUAAGAAGUAUACUGCUGGCCAACAUCGUAGUUGCAGCUUUUUUGCCUGCACGAUUGUCUAGCAUGAUAUACAACGACAAGGAACUGUUUUACCGUGGUUAUUACCCCUACAAUACUACGAUCAGUCCAAAUUUCGAAUUAACACUAAUCGGUCAAUUGAUGGCUGCUCUUUAUACAGCCAUAACAUAUACAACGGUAGAUACUUUUGUCGUCCUGUUGAUUUUUCAUGUUUGUGGACAACUUUCGAUUCUGAGAGACGAUCUAAGGAAGAUUCAUUCGUAUGAUGACAAAAAUGUAGAAAUGAAAUUACAGAAGAUCGUGCAAAGGCAUGUAUACAUUAAUAGGUUCGCAGAAACGAUAGAGAAAUCUUUCAACAUGAUGCUACUGUUUCAAAUGCUUGGUUGCACCACUCAGCUAUGCUCUCAGACUUAUCAAGUUAUUAUGUCACUUGGAGAGGAAGCGAUAGAACAUAUGAUUUUGCAAAUUACAUUUCUGUUGAUAUACGUAAUUUACGUGAUGUUGCAAUUACUCUUAUAUUGUUACAUGGGCGAAAAGCUAACUGUCGAGAGUACAGAAAUUGCCAAUACGGCGUACGAUGCCGAAUGGUACAAUUUACCUCCCAAGAAUGCAAGAUGGCUUGUAAUUAUCAUGUGCCGUGCCAGGUCUUCACCCUUACAAAUUACAGCAGGAAGAUUUUGUUGCUUUACCUUAGUGCUAUACUCUCAGGUCUUAAAAACCUCGAUGGGGUAUGUAUCCGUUCUACUCGCAAUGAAAAAUAAAUAACAUGGUUCUGCAAAUUUUACAACUGUCUAUCAACUUGAUA